CAUAUCCCACCUAAUCCAAAAGUGCAGGUUUCAAUAACAGGUACUGGAUCGUCGGUCGAUCAAGCAGUCAGUAUCGAUUGUGUAACGUGAAUGAAUUUAUCUCUUAUCUCAAAUACAAAUGCAGAGUAGCAUUGAGCAUCAGAAACUGCGUGGUGCGAACAGGCUCCAAUCGGUCGAUGAUUGGGGCAUUGGUGGAACAACAAAUCAUCGAAGAAGAGUGGCCUAUUACGAGCCAAAUGAUGAAAUCCUCACAAACCGAGACUCCUGGACGGGAAAAUUUGACUUUCUACUAUCGUUGAUUGGUUACUCGGUAGGACUUGGUAACGUAUGGCGCUUUCCGUACCUUUGCUACAAUAAUGGUGGAGGUGCCUUCCUGAUCCCGUUCACCGUUAUGUUGGUGAUCGCCGGUCUACCGUUGAUGUUCAUGGAACUUUCAUUAGCACAGUAUGCAGGACUGGGACCAGCUGUGCUGUUCGGCCGUUUCUCUCCACUGCUUCAGGGAUUGGGCCUCGGAAUGGUACUCAUCGCCGGUAUUGUAAUGCUGUACUAUAACGUCAUUCUUGCCUGGACUUUAUUGUACAUGUUGACCUCGUUCGAGGAACCUCUCCCGUGGAAGGGUUGUCAUCAUGCUUGGACGACUAAAUUUUGCUAUUCAUACGAGGAAGAAAAUAUAUGCCUUAGUGACAACGGAACGUAUUACUUAAGGGAAUGCUAUGCGAACAGUAGUAUGAUAUCGAAUUUUACGAAGGUGGCAAAAAGACCACCGGCAGAAGAAUUUUUCAAGAAUUAUAUUCUGCAACUCUCGAGUGGCAUCGAACACACGGGACAGAUUAACAUCACUCUGGCAUUAUCUUUGUUGGCAGCAUGGCUCAUCGUUUUCCUGUGCCUAUGCAGGGGCGUAAAAUCAUCUGGAAAAGUAGUUUAUUUCACAGCCCUUUUCCCGUACGUCGUGUUGGUGAUGCUGUUCAUACGAGGCAUUACCCUACCUGGCGCUCAUACCGGCAUCAAAUACUACUUGGAACCAGACUGGGAAAAAUUGAAAAGUGCUCAGAUCUGGGGCGAUGCCGCCGUUCAGAUUUUUUUUGCCCUGAGUCCAGCUUGGGGAGGACUUCUUACGCUUGCUUCAUACAAUAAGUUCACCAACAACUGCUAUCGCGACGCAAUUAUAGUUGCUACAACGAACAUUCUGACGUCGUUCUUUGCUGGAUUUGUGAUAUUCUCAAUACUUGGAUUUCUAGCCCACGAACUGGAUACCGAGGUCGGCAGCGUUAUUGAUCAGGGUGCCGGAUUGGCCUUCGUCGUGUUUCCAGAAAUGGUAACGAAGCUACAGAUGCCGAUGUUCUGGUCAGUGCUGUUCUUCUUUAUGCUUCUAACACUGGGACUGGACUCUCAGUUCGCACUGAUGGAAACGGUAGUGACGGGUAUUCUGGAUACAUUUCCCAAAUGGAGACGCUGGAAGACACGGGUAGUGUUCGGAGUGGCCACCGUCGGAUAUGUCGGUGGAUUGGUGUUUGUUACGAAUAGCGGUAUGUAUUGGUUUCAGUUAGUGGAUAAGUAUGCUGCCAAUUGGUCCGUACUGUUGAUUGCUACCAUCGAAUGUAUUCUGAUUGCCUGGAUUUACGGCUCGAAACGGUUUAUUUCGAACAUCGAAGAAAUGAUUGGUCCUCGGUCAAACGCUUUCAUUCUCUUCUGGACAGUGAUUUGGAAAUUCGUAACACCCGUCGCACUAUUGUUUAUACUAUGCUUCAAUUGGAUUCAAUACAAACCUGUUUCCUAUGGAAAAUACGCAUACCCGGAUUGGGCCGACAUUGUAGGCUGGGCAAUUGGACUCCUUCCGAUGGUGGCUGUGGUGCUAACUAGUGUUUACAAAAUACUAUCGGAUUCCAGUGGGCAAUCAAUUGCAGAGAAAGUGGUUAAUCUUCUCAAACCAACCGACGAGUGGAAGGCGGCUCGGGGGCAUCAAUUCCAGUACGAUGAUCAUGGCAUUGAAAUCUAGUGACAGCAUCGUUAAAGCUGUUCUCGUAGGAUUUAGCGAACAAACAACAGUCUGCAGUGGCAGUAUCUGAACGGGAACAUCUUAUCUCUAAGUUUACCAACCUAUAAUUGUAUUGUUUGCUUUUGCUCACUGCACUUAAGUUUAAAUAUCCGUGUUUUUUUUGUUUGGUCUAUUAAUUACUCAUUCGCCAAUUGCGGGCACACUUCGAAGCUGUUGUUGGUUGGAUACAAAAAUAUCGCAUCCAGAACAGGCGUUUCCAGUAAAUAUUUAUAUGGAAAUUUUCUUGAUGGUGCAAUAUUAAUUGCUAUUUGAUUUAAAUUUCGUUUACCAAUGAAAAGAUACACAUGAUUAUCUUAUACUACUUUUAAUUAGAUACGUAUCUUGCCUUAUCCUAAUUUACAUAAACCAGAGGGAGAAAUGGCAUCGCAUAAAGCAUUUUUAUCAGAAAAAUUUAGUUAUUUAAUCAAGCACUUAUGUCUUUCCUGUUGUUACAAUUUUAAUGAAAUCCAAUUCGCCGAUCUUAAUGAUGUUUUGAUGUUUGUGAUGAUCUUCUCCCAACUAAGUAUGAAAUGCAGUAUCAUUCAAAGAUUCAUAAAGAUCUUAAUUGUUUUCAGAUAUCAGCGCAAAACUACUUAAUAGACGAAUAUUUGUCAAAGCAUAUUCAGCGUAAACGAUAUUCUGUAUUAUAAACACCAUAUAUCUUUUAUUGCAGUAAUAAAACUUAAACUGCAUCUGGAUUUUGUUUUGUUUUUCACGAAUUCGGGAACUUAUCUUAUGAUCAGAAAAGAACCGGAAUUUUCAUUUUAAAAUUCCCGCGAUUGUCCAAUCGGUAAACUUUUAUUCUCUCAACGUUGGCAACACUUUUAUACACAUUCUGUCAAAUUUUGACGCAUAUCGUACGAUUAGUUUUUGUUUGGCGUCUAUACAAAGAAGUUGAAAAAAUUUCGUGUGGCGAUUUUUAUAAUGGAUGAAAAUUUAGAACAACGUGCGUGCAUCAAAUUUUGUGUUGCAAAUGAAUUUUAGUGUUGAAAAUGUUGGAAAAGGCCUUUGGUGAAUCGUGUCUAGGAAAAACACAGGCAUACGAGUGGUAUAAACGCUUCAAAGAUGGUCGUACAAGCUUGGAUCAUGAUAAGAUCCCUGGCCGCCCAACAACAUCUGUUACUGAAGAAAAUAUUGAAUCGGCGAAGCAAAUCGUGUUGCAAAAUCGUUCUGUACUGAUUAGAGAGAUUGCUGUGUUGUUGGGCAUCUCUUAUGGAUCAGCCGAACACAUUUUAACUGAUGUUUUGGGAUUGAAACGCGUCGCUACUCGGCUGGUGCCAAAAAGCUGAAUUUCAUUCAAAAACAGCGUCGUGUUGAUGUGCCCAAAGAGAUGAUUUCCAAAGCAGAUAGUGACCCAACAUUCAUCGAAUGCAUCAUAACUGGUGAUGAGGUGUGGAUAAUCUGUGUGGAUCUAUGAAUAUGACGUCGAAACCGCACAACAAUCGACCGAAGGCUUCGAAGGCGAGCUGUUGUUCUAAAUUUUCAUCCAUUAUAAAAAUCGCCACACGAAAAUUUUUCAACUUCUUUGUAUAGACGCCAAACAAAAACUAAUCGUACGAUAUGCGUCAAAAUUUGACAGAAUGUGUAUAAAAGUGUUGCCAACGUUGAGAGAAUAAAAGUUUACCGAUUGGACAAGCGCGGGAAUUUUAAAAUGAAAAUUCCGGUUCUUUUUUGAUCAUAAGGUAUAUAAUUUUUUCAACGAAUAUAAAUUAUGUAUCAAUAACAAACCACUAUGGAUGUCUGUCCACAAAACUAGUAAAUAGUUCAUUGAUUUUGUAAGCAAAUAUGUGAAUCUUUUGUGGCUAAUCAGGUUAAAUGAAAUAAACUGUUAAGAAGAAAUUUGUUUGCUAUAUGUAUUGUUGUUUCUUGAAGUUUUUACGCUCCCAGCAUGAACAGUGAAUAUUCGACUUCCGGUGAAACUCUCAACGGGUGAGCACGUUGUGUCUUGUUAGUUCGGAGAAAGCUCGAGUAUUUCGCAAGAAAGGAUUUUAGUCCGUACAUUGACGACUCGACGUAGCCACACAGCGAGAUUUUCGCUUGUAGUCCAGUGAAAAGAAAGUCCAUUGGACUAUAAACGAAAAUCACUGGCAAUAUAACCUAAGUUGCUGUGCCAUCAAAUCGUUGUCAUCUCAAGUGAGGAGACGCCAAGCAGAAGAAAGUUAGCAACACUGCUUCAAUGCAUUAAUAUUAGGUUGCGCUGCACGAAAUAAUCAAAACUAAAUAUUUUCUGUUAAAAAGCAGUUUUCCGUUUUCAUUACCUUUUGCGUAUUAAAUUGAAGGUUUCUAUUUUGCGGGAUAGCUAAAAAUGGUACGUAAAUCUUUAUUUCGAACAAAUUUCUGCAAGAGAAAAUCCAUAUAGGAAUGUGUGCGUUGCUAAUCAAAUGUGUUAGUAGAAGUAAGCUGAAACUGAUAUAAUUUUCUCGAACAGUUUUUAGGAAAACGGAGGAGUUUUAGACUAUGUUUUUUGCUUUUCUUGAAUUUCAAUUGUAAGCUGAAUGAACUGAUUUGUUUAUUUUUCAACCAUAUGGAAGAUUUAUUGACUAAAAUCAGGAAAGAAGCGCAGGAAUUUUUUUUACGACCGCAUUUUUGACAUUACUCAUACGCUUGCAAAGUGGCUUGCCCCUGAAGUGAGAAGAGUCAAUUUGAACACAAAGUUCGGUUAGGUGAACUGUAAGAAAACGUGAAUCAUUUGGAUUGUUCAAUAAGAUUCGAGAUAUGGAAACACAUAUUUCAAAACACACAUAAAAAAACAUUGUAAAUGUAACUAAAUUUGAGUUUCACGCAACGAUUUGUUUUAUUGAAAUAGUGACAAAACGAACUUUGGCUUAAUUUGGCAAAUAUUGUUGCU